CAACCUAUAUAAAUGAUCUACAAGGGUAAACCUGCCAUUCACCAAAUCUUACAGAUUGCUCAGUCGAUUCGUGCCUAUUUCAUCUCCGCCAUUUCCUUGCUGCUCCGCCGCCGUGGUUCCCGCCGGCGUUCGUUUCGCCUUCUCCGGCAACUUCUCCAAGUUUGCUGUGAUUGUGCAUUAUUGGAUGCAUAUAGCAUGUGAAGAUGGUAUUAUCACCCAUAAUCUGACUUUUCUAGAAUUGGGAAAUGACCGAGAUAACAAACAUAGCAAACGAAACAUCUGAAAAUGGGACAGAUUCAUCUCAGGAUGAUAUUGGUACUGUUGAGGAAAUGCCUGAGGACACAAUCUUAUCACGACAAACGUCCGUGAACCUUGUCCCUUUCAUUGGCCAGAGGUUUGUAUCGCAGGAUGCUGCGUAUGAAUUUUACUGCAGCUUUGCAAAGCAAUGUGGCUUCUCAAUUAGACGUCAUCGUACUCGGGGGAAGGAUGGGGUUGGUAGGGGCAUUACAAGAAGAGAUUUUACAUGCCAUCGUGGUGGCUAUCCACAACUAAAGCCUUCAGAAGAUGGCAAGCUGCAAAGGAAUCGAAAAUCAUCACGUUGUGGGUGCCAAGCAUUCAUGAGAAUUGUUAAUAGAGCAGAUUUUAAUGUCCCCGAAUGGCGGAUUACAGGGUUCAGCAAUGUUCAUAAUCAUGAACUUUUAAGGUCAACUGAGGUGCAGCUUAUUCCUGCCUACUGCACCAUGUCUCCUGAUGACAAGAGUCGCAUUUGCAUGUUUGCAAAAGCUGGGAUGUCAGUUCGGCAAAUGCUGAGGUUGAUGGAGCUAGAGAAGGGUGUUAAGUUGGGUUGUUUAACCUUCACAGAGGUUGAUGUCAGAAGCUUGCUACAAUCUUUUAGAAAUGUGGACCAGGAUAAUGACCCUAUUGACCUUCUCAAACUGUGCAAGGAGAUGAAAGACAAAGAACCGAAAUUUAAAUACGACUAUAAGAUAGAUUGUAAUAACAGGUUGGAGCAUAUUGCCUGGUCUUAUGCUUCAUCAAUGAGGUUGUAUGAGGCUUUUGGUGAUGCCAUAGUAUUUGACACUACUCACCGCUUGGAUGCAUAUGAUAUGCUUCUUGGGAUAUGGAUUGGAGUGGAUAACCAUGGAAGUCUUUGUUUCUUUGGUUGUGUCCUCCUACGAGAAGAAAGUUUGCAGUCUUUCUCCUGGGCCUUGAAGACAUUCUUGGGCUUCAUGAAUGGCAAGGCUCCAGGAACCAUUUUAACUGAUCAAAAUUUGUGGCUCAAAGAAGCAAUUGCCACCGAAAUACCGAGAGUAAAACAUGCAUUUUGCAUUUGGAAUAUAAUUUCGAGAUUUUCAGAUUGGUUUUCCACACUUCUGGGAUCCCAAUAUGAUAAUUGGAAGGCUGAGUUCCAUCGCCUCUACAAUUUACAUUCGAUUGAGGAAUACGAAGUGGGAUGGAAUGAGAUGGUCGAAACCUAUAGGAUGGAUGGAAAUAAACACAUUGCCAGUUUAUAUGCUUUACGUUCAUACUGGGCGCUGCCUUUUUUGAGAUCUUUCUUCUUUGCUGGAAUGACGAGUACAUUUCAGUCUGAGACAAUGAAUACUUAUAUCCAGAGGAUUUUGAGUGCUCAAUCUGUACUUGAUAAUUUUGUGGAGCAGGUUGCUCGUGUUGUAGAUGCUAAAGAUCAAGCAGGAGCAAAACAUAAGGUACUGAGAAAUGUUCAAAAGGUUUUCCUGAAAACAGGUUCACCAAUAGAAUCUCAUGCUGCAACUGUUCUUACACCAUAUGCCUUCUCAAAACUACAAGAGGAGCUUGUUUUUGCACCACAGUACGCAUCACUGAUGGUAGAUGAAAGUUAUUUUGUUGUGAGACACCAUAAGGAAAUGGAUGGGGGUUACAAAGUACUCUGGGUUCCGCAUGAUGAGUUCAUUAGCUGUAGCUGCCAUAAUUUUGAAUUUACUGGUAUUCUCUGCAGGCAUGUGCUUCGUGUUUUGUCAACAAACAACUGUUUUCACAUUCCAGACCAAUAUCUGCCCAUGCGCUGGCGUGAAGUUACCUCCUCUUUGGCUAAGUCCACACUCUUUACUCUACCAAGUGAUCAUAUGGGAAAACUUCAGUUAUUGCAGUCCAUGAUUUCAACGCUGAUUAAUGAAUCAGUUGAAACUGAAGAACGCCUCAAUGUUGUUUGUGAUGAAGUUUCUACAGUUUUAUCUCGCAUUAAGGGGUUUCCUACAGCAUCCAAUGGGGGUAAUGGUAUUGCAUAUGCGAGCCCAUCGGACUCGCUAAUUCUUGCAGAGGUUGAGGAUUCUGAAGGCAUUGGUCAAAGCUUCACUUGCAACCCUCACGAGUGUAUAAAUUUGUCAAAGUUGAAAGAGAGAGGAUCCAGAGAUGGACUGGAUCUUUACAGAAAGAGGAGGCGUUUCUCCAUUCCAUGUUGUGGGCAGUAUGGCCAUGAUGCAAAUGAUUGUCCAAUGAUGGAAGGGACCGAAGAGGCCGUGUUCUUAUUUCUGUCCUACCAAUCUCAACUCCAAAAAGAAGAAGAAAAAAGAAGCAUUUAAGAUGUAGUGCUAUGAUUUUCACGCCUCAACGGGAAAACAAAGAACGAGAAACUUUGCUCAGCCUGCUUGGCAAUGUCUUAAGAUCAUUCAUGUUCCUAACCUUUCUGGCUCUUCCUCGACGGCUGCCUGCACCAAAUACAGCUCUAUGUGCCAAUGCUUUGCCUAAAAACCGGAACUCAGACGUCGAAGCCUUGGUUUGAUCUUGUUGCGUUGUCUCACCAUCAUCACACUGCUCGAGGCAACCGCUGGUGUUGUAGGUUUCAGAAGCUCCACAAGUUGCUUUCUCAGCAGCCAUUAUAUUAGAACACCAAAGAGGACUAAGGUGAUGGUGUGAAGCAAAUGAAGAAGUGGAUGAACUUUUAUUUGUGGCCUUUCUGGCUUAAUGGGAAUAAAUGUUUAUAAAGACAAAAAGGGGAGGGUUAAAUUGGAUCGUUGAUGGUGGUAUUAAAAAGGUAAAGUUGGAUGAGUUUUGAAGCAAAGUUUCAUAUAGCCGAAAGGUUACUCCUUACGCAAAUCCUCCUAUGCAUGGAUUAUUUAUUAAUGUCUCUUGAGUAAGAAGGAAUAAUAUAUUACACUUGCUCACCAAGUGUUGCCUUCAUACUCUUUC